AUGAACCCAACCCUGAAUUCCGAUACGCCUCCGCCCCCGCCUCCCAAGCCCACCAGCCACGAGGCCAGUCGCCGGGGUACACCACAGCUCAACCCUUCGCUCCCAGGCACGCCGCAGACCCUCCACGAACGACCCUACCGAGCAGACACGACCAUGCAUCGCUACUCAACGGCCACGAACCCAAAUGCACUCCCUCGACCACCGACCGUCGAAGAGGGCUGGUUACCGGAGAACGUAAAGGAGAAAUCAACCGUCGACCUCCAGACAAUCCUCAAAGACCCGAGUCUAAUCUCCGCGCUAGCAAGUCGACAUCCUUCCCACACCGCGCACCAAGAGUACCUCCAGUCUCUACUAAAGUAUAACAAGGAUCUGGCGAGCCAUUUACUAGAGCUUCAGGGACGGGUUGGGGAACUGCGCGGGUCGACGGAGACGCUGUUAUUAACGCAUCAAUCGCUGGAGGUGUCGUGGCGGAAGAAACAGACGGAGAUGGAUGCCGCGCUGGCGCCUUGGUCGCCUAAGGCGUUGUACCAGCGGCUUUCGGCGUCGAUCGCCGAGCAGGAGGCGGUUUGUCAUGCCGUGGAGGAGAGUUUUCUUGAGGAAGAGCAUCAUGGACGGGCGACGGAGAAGGAGGUUGCGGAUUGGAUUCGCCGGGUGCGGGCGGAGGGGGCCAAGUUGGAGGCGAGACGGGAGGCUAAGGCAAGGUGGGAUGAGGGGAGAGUGGGUGGGUGGAGGUGA